CACGCCUUGGGGUGUCCAUCCUCCUCGACCACACCAUGCGGCAGUCAGUGGGUAGAACUUGGCCGGGGAUGUUUCAGGUCGUCUCCCCUCUGUAGUAUAGAACUCGGAUGAGGCUUGGUUUUAGAGCCCGCAUGGAAACCCUCCGGCGAGGCCUCACACAGCCCAAUCGCUUUUUUCUAAUUAUCAAGUGCUUACCCAGGUGAGAAAAAAAGGGGUGUGACAGACCACCAUGGCGCAUCUCGAAGCAAUCGCUCCUCAUGUGGCGGCAUAUCCGUACAGCGAUGGCAAGAGGGCGGGCCCGCGGGUUAAAUUCCCGGAUACGGCCGCGUUCUCGGGGAUGAACAAGCCGUCGCGCUUCGAAGGCGACAUCACCGACCUCGAGGUCACAGGCGUCAUCCCGCCCGACAUCAACGGCACGUUCUACCGUGUGCAACCGGACCACCGAUUCCCUCCUCUAUUCGAGGAUGAUAUUCAUUUUAAUGGAGACGGAAGCGUCACGGCGAUCCACAUCGCCAAUGGGCAUGCCGACUUCAAACAACGGUACGUGCGGACGGACAAAUUCCUGAAGGAAGAGGAGGCGCGGCGAGCGCUGUUCGGACGGUACCGGAACCCGUACACGGACAACGAGAGCGUCCGGGGUGUGAUACGGACGGUGUCGAACACAAACGUGACCUUCUGGCGCGGCAUGCUGCUCGCGAGCAAGGAGGACGGCCCGCCGUUCGCCAUGGACCCCGUCACUCUCGAGACUAUCGGGCGCUACGACUUCGAGGGCCAGAUCACCGCGCCCACUUUCACCGCCCACCCCAAGUUCGACCCGGACACGGGAGAGAUGAUAUGCUUCGCGUACGAGGCUGGCACUGACGGCGCUGACUGCGAGGCCGACGUCGUCACUUGGACCUUCGACGCCGACGGCCGCAAGAUCGAGGAGCUCUGGUUCAAGGCUCCCUUCGCCGGCAUGAUCCACGACUGCGGUGUCUCCAAGAACUGGAUCGUCCUGCCCCUCACCCCGCUCAAGAUGUCCCUCGACCGCCUCAAGGCCGGCGGCAACAAGUUCGCCUGGGACCCGAACGAGGACCAGGUCUACGGCCUUGUGCCCCGCCGCGGUGGUAAGCCCGAGGAUGUCAAGUGGUUCCGCGCCGACAAUGGAUUCCACGGGCAUGUUGCGGGUUGCUACGAGGACGAGUCGGGGCAUGUCGUCUUCGACCUGACCGUCGCCGACGGCAACGUCUUCUUCUGGUUCCCGCCGGACGGGCAGUCGGCCGACGCCUCAGCGCGCCAGCGCCUCAGCAGCCCGACGUGCCGCUGGGUCUUCGACCCGGCUGCUAAGUCUGGGUCGCGCGUGCGCCCGCACCUGUCCUGGUCCACGAGUGGCGAGUUCUCGCGCAUCGACGACCGCGUCGUCACCAAGCCGUACCGCCACUUCUGGCAGCUGCGCGUCGACCCCUCUCGCCCUUACGACUUCGCCCGCUGCGGCCCCCCCGCCGGCGGCCUCUUCAACUGCAUGGCCCACUACACCUGGGCCGACGACCCCUCGGACCCGGCCGCCGGCGGGGCUGUUGGCGAGGAGGACGUCUGGUUCGCUGGCCCGACUGCCACCUUCCAGGAGCCCGUCUUCAUCCCGCGCGCCGGCAGCACCGACGAGGGCGACGGCUAUCUCGCCGCCCUGAAGAACAACCUCGACGAGUUGCGCAACGACGUCGUCAUCUGGGACGCGCGCAACCUCGCUGCCGGGCCCCUCGCCACCAUACAUCUCCCCCUCCGCCUGCGUCUCGGCUUUCACGGCAACUUCGUUGACAGCCGCGACAUCGAAACCUGGCAGCGUCGCCGCGAGGGCGAGCUCGGCCCCGUGCAGCCCGCCAAAGAGCCUCUACCCUGGCAGAAGGACCUCGCCGCUGCAAACGGUACGACAAACGGCCACCGGCAGAACGGCCAUGCCAACGGCGCGACGAACGGGGGUGGAACAAAUGGGGCAUCGCAAGGUCUGGGGACAUUUGUGUGAAACAUAACCCCGGAAUAUUAAGGGGGUAAACAUCGAACGGAAACGGCAUAAUCGAAGUAGCUAUAUGUCUAUUAAGUUAAUUUCAUUGAUAUCCUGGUCGUUGAUUCCCU